GGCGGGUGGUACGAAGCACAGGAGGCGAGUUCUGUACCCCCCUUAUUUUGAUUAUGAGUACCGACAACGAGUACGUCGGGUAGACGGGUUUAAAUGGCUACCUCUCCUACUGGACUGUUAUCAUCUGGACUUUGAUGGUACCAACUUCGUUCGUAUCCUCAAGACGUUCCAGCUUGCACAUUUUGAGGAUCUAUCAGGCGCUAGCGCUCUCCCGAUUAUUCCCCUGAACUUCGCCGUAAGGGAUGGUUUCGUUGACAUUGACGCCAUGUCAAAAAGAGGAGAAGAGUUUAUCUCUUACACCAAGUGGUCAUACAGCUAUUAUAGAGGUCGAAGUCUGACACACGAGCCUGAGGGGACCGCCCUUUGUCAUCCGCAACAGAAUACGAUAGACUCCUCGAUGGUCCUUUCGGAAGCCAUUGAAAGCCCAGUCGUUGUUGAUUUUGAACGUUGCUUGCGGGCGGCCCCCGCUUGGAGACCAGGACGUAUACCCAGGGGCUUCUCAAGAGUAUUAGAUGAAAGAGCAGGAGACCUUCGCCAGCCACCUCGGCCACCUGGGCCUCCUGGGCCACCUGAACCACCCAGGUCACCUAGCCCGCCACCUAGUAUUGAUGACGAUAGAAUCUGGGACGUGCGAUUAGCAGAAAAAGUGCUUGGAUUCACGGACCCAAGACAACCUAUCGAGCUGCAUGGGCAGGAUCCGCCUUCUGGAGACGAUGUUCUACUUUUGCCGAACAGGGUCUUUGCAUUCAUUUUGCGCACUCGUAAAUGGGACGACGGACACAGGGCAAUCAUCAAGUCCCUGAUGGCUACCCACUUCCGCAAGAAGAAGUUGGAGCGGCGACAGUUUGAUAUCAUUCAAGACAAGGGUCCGUCAAGUCUAUCCCGGUUGCCAGAAACGGUGGCUCAGUUCUACAACAAGCCGCUACUGCCUAUCACCUGCGGUGAUUUAGGCAUGACUCCCGCUGAAGUUGAAAACAACUUGCAGUCGUCAUUCCAAAAGGCGCAGGCCUGGGAUUGCGUUCUGCUGUUGGACGAAGCAGACGUGUUCCUUGCCGAACGAAGCCAGGACAACAUUGAGCGAAACGCCUUGGUGUCUGGUAAGUUAAUCACCUCCAGUGGUUUCGCCGAAGACUCUGUCGAGAUAUCGUGUGACCACAGAAUGCUGAUGCAGUCAGUCUUCCUCCGAGUGAUGGAAUAUUACGAGGGCGUCCUGUUCCUCACGACGAACAAAGUCGGCUCGUUCGACGAGGCCUUCAAAUCGCGCAUGUCGAUGGCCCUGUACUACCCACCCCUCACCCGAGAGCAGACGAGGAGGAUCUGGGAGAUGCAGAUGAAUCGUACGGAGGCGCUCUCCAGGCAGGCCUCCCCGGGGGACGAGUCUCAGCACGUGCGGUUCAACCACGACGAGGUUGCGACGCUGGCCGACGAGCUGUGGAACAUGCAGACGACGCGGGACGACUGCCGGCCGGUCUGGAACGGGCGGGAGAUCCGCAACGCCUUCCAGACGGCUGUGGCGCUCGCCGAGUGGCACAAGGGGGAGAACCGGGUGCCCGGGCCGAUCGUCGUGGGACGCGAGCACUUUGAAAAGGUGGCGCGGGUUUCGAACGAAUUCAACGCGUACCUGUACGAGGUGAGGCACGGGCGCGCCGACUACGAGAAGGCGCACGCGCGGGAGCACCGCUUCGACGACUUCAACAGGCAGCAGUUCGUCUUCGGCGGCCACCAGGGGACGGGCUUCGGGCAGCAGCAAGGGUACGGGAUGGGCCCGCAGCUAGGCAGCAUCACAAUGCCGUUCGGCGGCGGGCAAGCCGGGAUCACCCCGAUGGGAGGAGGUGGCGUGCCGUAUGGGAACAAUACCCAGAGCCAGGGCGCUUUUUUCACGAACCAAGGUUGGCAGCCGGGGUACGGCGGCGGCGUAAGCAACACGGGCAUAGGCGGCUUGAACAUGGCCGGGCCUUCCAUGGGAGCCAGCGGCGGGGGAAACAACAUGGGGACCGGCAUGUCGCCUGGCUCCGUCAAUGUUCAGGUCCUGCCGAGUCACAGCAUCCAGGGCCAGUUGAGCAACCAGCAACAGCAGCAACAAGGCGGUUCUAGUAUGGGCCCUGGGGGUCCUAUGCUGCCAGGCUUUCGGUAGAAUCGAAUCUGAGGAGCUGUAGUUUUAUUGGUGACUCAGGCCUUUAAUGAUGUUUGGACCGAUGAUGCUUCAAUCUAUGUUGCCAAAUUUGCCGU